ACUUUGAGCCUGUUGCUGGGGCCAGGGCCGAGCCAGGAACCCGUAGGCCGCGGUGCCUGGAACCCGCCGAGGGACCGAACUGCUUGGAGCGGUCCCCACGGUACCCUCCCAGGACUGCCGGCAGUCUCGCGCAGCCCGCCCGGAAUUUGCUUUCGACCUCCUUUCCGGGUUGGCGGACGUCCUGUUGUCCCGGUAACGCGGGAGUCGCCCCCAGCUCGCGUUCGAGGGACUGUGCAGCACGGGACAGGGCCGGCCACCUGUGUGCUCCGUCAGCCUCGCCGCCGGUGGCCCGAAGCACCCCAGCCAUGAAGCCCAACUUCUCUCUCCGGCUGAGGGUUUUUAACCUCAACUGCUGGGACAUCCCCUACUUGAGCAAGCAUAGGGCCGACCGCAUGAAGCGCUUGGCCGACUUUCUGAACUUGGAAAGCUUCGACCUGGCUCUCCUGGAGGAGGUGUGGAGUGAGCAGGACUUCCAGUACCUAAGGCAAAAGCUAUCGCUCACCUACCCAGAUGCACACUACUUCAGAAGUGGGCUCAUCGGCAGUGGCCUCUGUGUGUUCUCCAGACACCCGAUCCAGGAAAUUCUCCAGCAUGUCUACACUCUCAAUGGCUACCCCUACAUGGUCUGUCAUGGAGAUUGGUUCUGCGGGAAGGCUGUGGGGCUGCUGGUGCUCCAUCUGAACGGAAUGGUGCUCAAUGCCUAUGUGACCCAUCUCCAUGCUGAGUACAGUCGGCAGAAGGACAUCUACCUAGCACACCGGGUGGCCCAAGCUUGGGAACUGGCCCAGUUCAUCCACCACACCUCCAAGAGUGCAGAUGUGGUUCUGUUGUGUGGGGACCUCAACAUGCACCCCAAAGACCUGGGCUGCUGCCUGCUGAAGGAGUGGACAGGGCUUCGUGAUGCCUAUGUGGAGACUCAGGACUUUAAGGGCUCUGACGCCGGCUGUACCAUGGUACCCACAAACUGCUACGUCAGCCAGCAGGACCUGGGACCGUUCCCACUUGGCAUCCGCAUUGACUAUGUGCUUUACAAGGCAGUCUCUGGGUGCUACAUCUACUGUAAGACUCUGAAAACCACUACAGGCUGUGACCCCAACAAUAGCACCCCCCUCUCUGAUCAUGAGGCCCUCAUGGCCACUUUGUAUGUGAAGCACAGCCCCCCUCAGGAAGACCCCUGUCCUACCCAUGGACCCCCUGAAAGUUCAGCACUGACCAGUGUGCUAAGGGACGUGUGGACGGAGCUGGAGCUAGGUGUUAAGCAAGCUCACUGGUGGGCGGAACUCGCUGGCUAUGUGACUGUCUGUGGGCUAUUCCUCUUGUUGUUGCUGUGUAUCCUGACUCUAGGAGAAGGGGCCAGGGAAAUGGCCAUACUGCUCUGGACACCCAGUGUGGGGCUGGUGCUGGGAGCAGGCACAGUCUACAUCUUCCACAUGCAGGAGGUCAAAGGCUUGUGCCGGGUCCAGGCUGAGCUUCACCAUGUUCUGAGAAGGGAAAGGGAGACCCAGGACCAUGGCUCAGAGCCUCACCUAGCCCCACUGCUGGUAGCAGGAGGUGGACAGAGCUGAAGAACAAUAAAGCUUGACACACCCUCGUG